UAACAAUUCAUUGAAAACAUCUCUCAAAACUAUCAUAUUGUUCACAUUAUCACAAUGUUAUGAUACAAUUACGAAUCAGGGUUUUUCUAUCCAAAUGGUUUUGUGCAACAGCUGGGAUUGGAUUAACGGAUAUAAAUACACGUACACGUUCAAGAUGACACAGUGACUGCAAUACCAGACAUAAGAUGAGCCCAGAAAACUGACAAAAAUGACAAGGAAAGUACUUCUGUUCGGUGCCCGCUCUUUGGCCAUCGUCAGCGUGGUUAUAAUCGUGCAACUUGGACUCCUCAGCGUGUUCCUGGAGAAGACUUACGAAUGUGUCAGUUCUAACAGGACUCUCGCACCCCUAAGAUCUGGGACGGAAGAGCGUCCAGGUAGAAACAUCCCAGACUGGGAGAAAACCUUGGACUUCACAGGAUUCAACAAUGAGACCGGCACAGCUGAUGGUCACUACAUCAUUCCGAACUAUGUGCACUUCCUCAAGUUCCAAUACGCCACCUUCAACUUUAUCCACAUGAUCUGCGUCCUGGCAGCGUUCAAGCACCAGAGGCCGGAGAAGCUCUUCAUUCACACGGACGUGCCGGAGUUCUACGGGAAGUACUGGGAGGUACUGAUCAACACGCCUGGGUUUAAAGAGGUCUUGGUGAUCAAGAAGAUGGAUUUGCCCAAGGAGGUGUUUGGCCAGCCUCUGAACCCUGCGUGGGCCGGCUUCCAUGGGGGUGACGUGGCAAGACUCAUUGUGAUGCGGAAGUACGGUGGGAUCUACGUGGACAACGACUCUUACCUGAUCAGAAACAUGGAUGACCUCAGAAGAUACGAGAUGGUGGUAGCGUACAGACCCGGCAAGCCUAUGAUGAACCAAGUCGUCCUGGCGCAUAAGGACGCUCGCCUGCUGAAGGAGUGGCAAGAUGGUUACAAGGACUACAGACCAGGGGACUGGUACUAUAACGCGGGUCAGCAGCCAGGUAGGGUCCUGAGGGAGCGACCCUACCUAGUGCACUCCCUGCCAGACCUCCUAGGGACCUACGACAUCCGCAGGCUCAUCUACCUUAGACGAUGGCGGGACUGGAAGACCUACUACUCCUGCCACCUGAUGGUCCGGUGGGUCAGGAAGUACAGACACAUCGGCUACCCCAACCCUAUCGAAGAGAAGGAUGUCCUCAAGUACGACAACACGUUUGUCGACAUGAUCCAGGAUGUGUAUGAUAUUAAGAGAUUAAAGAGGAAAAAAGGUUUGGCUUACCGUGAGAACUGAUUUUCCUGCCGAAUGCA